CAUACAGCCAGUCUCAUUUGCCCUUGAUGCAUGGGUUGGGCGGAGAUUGUUUUCAAAACUAGAGGCAGGCAGGGAGAUACCAAUGAAAAUGGCGGCGAUGGGGUCCGCCAAAUCCGACGGUGGAUUAGGGCAGAGGGGAAGAACCAGGCCCGCUACAGUACCUUGCCUUCACACACCUGCUCGGGUGCCCACGAUAGAGGAGGUCAGGUGCCCGGUGUGUUUGGAUAUUUUGUUGGAACCCGUGACUAUGCCAUGUCGGCACUCCGUAUGCCUGCAUUGUUUCGAGCGGACAGUAGAGUUUAGUUUAUGCUGUCCCCGUUGCCGGUUGCGAGUGUCCAGCUGGGCCCGUAAACAGUCCCGUGAGAAAAGCCUGGUAAACACCGAACUCUGGGACAUGGUUCGGAAGAGUUAUCCGGACAAAUGCAAGCGCCGAAUGGAGCAACGUUCAGGAGAGGCCGUGGGAGAAGAAAUUUUCCGGUCUCUGAAACAAAUUUGCAAGACCGGAGAUCUGCGACAAGACUGUGACAAACAAAAGUUGAAGGCUGGGACAAAUGAAGACAAAGAGGAGAAAAAAAAGAAAGCAACUCGCCAUAAAAAAGAAGAAUCAAAAGCCACAAAACACUUUCAAGACCCCCAGUGUGGAGUGCUGUCCGACUCAGAGAAUGAAGAGCCAAUUGGAAAGAGGACAAGGCAUGUAUCGGCUUUUGUUCGCAAAACAAGAACCUCUCCAGCCUUCAGCCGAAGUCUCUCGAGCAGUUUUGUGAAGAGGAGUCGAAGCUGCACGGACUCUGAGGACAACAGAGGGAAAAUGAGAGGGCUCCCACAAGCUCCGGUGUCAGACAAGGUCAACGUUGUGCACAGCUUCAACGCAGGCAUACUUCUGUCGUCAGAGAACAGCCGCUCUCUCUCAGCCCCGGUGCUCAUCUCGGACCGCCGGCACCCCCACCAUCACCACUGGAGGAAUGUGCUGGCCGCUUCCACCCCAUUCCCGGUGCCCGUCUCUAAACCCGAGAGGUCCAUCAGUCCCGAAAGCAACGACAGCAUCUCCGAGGAGCUGAACCACUUCAAGCCCAUCGUCUGCUCACCCUGCACCCCUCCGAAGCGAAUGCCGGACGGGCGCCUGCUGGAGCCUACCAUUGUGAAGUCCACGCCCCGGAACCUGAGCCGCAGCCUGCAGAAGAACACCAGCUACGAGGCCAGCCCCUCCAUCCUGCAGAAGUGGAGGCAGAUCGAGGUGGACCGGCAGAACAUCAUCAAGGUUACCUCCACCAAGGGCACCGUUACCAGCCCCAUUGCGGAGAAGCUUGUUGUUAAGUCGGCCCCUCCAAAGGAGAAGAAUACUAGCAAGCUGUGUUCCUGUGUGCCGGUGAGGAGCAGGGAGUCGGAGGUCUUGUGCAAGUGUGGUAGACAGCCAGAGUCUGCUGCUGGUUCGGAGAAGAAAGAGAAGAGCAUUGCCAGCAACAGGCGCAGACUGGUGUUUGAUGACUAUGAUGGCGAGACUGGACUCUCUGAGGAAUCGUUGAUUGUCAGCUCUUCUUCCACGACUCUGUCUAAUCCAGACACCUCUGGAGCUGAACACGGACCUGAAAGCCAAUCAGAGCAUUGCACCUCAGAGCAGCAGCUACGUGAAGACCUGCAGCACGGGUCGCCCACAUCAGCUGGUGAGGAGCAAAAGGUGCCUGUGUCCAAAGACCAUUGCAAUCAGAACAUUUCAGACACAGCGGACCAGCAGAGUGAGUCCAACGUUAGGAACUGUGCACAGAACAGACCUACCUCAAGGAGGGGAAAGAAAAGGAGUCAGAAGACCAAACACUUGGAGGAAGACGAAGGUCAAGCAAAGAAGACCCGACGAGGAGCGGAAGAGCAGGCGGAGCUGGUGGACGACCGGGAGGCUUAUGGCCGACAUGUCGAGAAGUACAUGCGGCGAUUACACCAGGAGAGAGAAGACCGAGAGCUGGCGCUCAAGCUUCAAAGACUGUUUGACAAGGAACGACGUCAAAAAAUGGACAGGCAGAAGACUACUCCUGAUAAGUACCCGCUUCGGUCGUGGGCCUCCAUAGAUGGCCAAAUGGAAAACAAUCCACGUAGAUCAGGAAGAAUCUCGAAAAAGAAUGAGCACUUUAAUUACAACUGCUAAUAGAACUUUUUGCCUUUUGAAAUCAGCAAACAUUCACUAUUUUUUUUUAAUACUUUUUGUUUGCUUUUGUCUUGUAGCAUUUUCAUUCCACACAUUUUGCAAGCUAGUGGGUGGGUGAAGAGGGAGUUUAGAUGUAACAAAAAAACAGCAAUAACAAUCUUUAUCAAGAAAUUUGAUAGUUUUUCAUACUAAUUGGGUUUCAUUCCACUUUGUCUUAAAAAAAAAAGUUGAAUUUGGUACUAAAUGUGUUUUUUGUUUUCACAAAUCCAAUAUUUUAUGUGCACGUUUGUGAACGCGAGUAUACCAUUUAUGAAGGUGAAUGUGUCAGUUUGAGUUUAGAGAGCUCAGAGUGUGACACAAUGAGGCUGUCACUGUCUUGUUUACUGUGUCUUGAAAACAUAAGCCGACCAUGUAGCUGACUGGAAAAUCCAAGGUUUUUUUAACGACCUAGGUAUAUCAGUCAUUUUUUUUAUUUUCUUAUGAAACAGGAUGGAGUGUGAAAUGUUACAGGUGACACUGCUAUUCUACAUCAGAUGAGUGAAUAUUAUCUGAAAAGGGACAUGUUGAAGUGAGUGGAAGGUUUUGGAAAUGUCACAGUCAAAGUAGAUUAUGAUUUGAACUUUGACCAUGGUCAAAUAUCAACACGGCAGUGUAAUUUAGUGUUGACAAGAGGUUCUGAGCAAACUGUUUGUUUUUCGUUCAGCUAACUUCUUUAUUCAGUUAACAAGUUUUAAUGCUUUAAGUUUAAUACCUUAAAUGAUGAGCUCAGAGUAAUUCCUGGAAGGAACAUGAUGCAUUAAUGUUGCUAUUAGUGGUUUGUUUUAGAUUCAUUUCAAAGACGUUUUCCCUGCUCGUGGCCACAAACUUUGUGAAUAAUUUCCCCUCAUUAAAAGGGCUAUUAUGUUCCUUUUCAGAUUUAUUUUUUAUGACAAUUUCCUCAGAGUUAUAUUUACAAACUUCAGAUGCCAAAAUAGCUUUAUCAUGACUGCUUAUGGUGAUGUCUACACCUCUGAUAGGUGGUGUACAAAUAUUUUGAUAUGCACAAUUACGUAUGUUCUAUGUAAAUUCACUGUCCAUAGAUGUAGAGGACUAUUUUAGUACAGAAUGAAUUUUGGAGGUGUGCCAAAAUGACCUUUUUUCCCUUAAUGGUUGUCUGAUCAUGUUUUUCACUGUUCCUAUCACAAUGAUAAUCAGAUCUCAGAAUGUAUCAUGUGUCACAAUAUUUAUGCAGUACUGUACAUGGACCGAAAGAUUGGUUGUUCCUGUUUGUUGAGUUUGAACGGGACAUUUCAGAAAUUGCCGAUUUCAUACGGAUGCAAGAGAGCUGUGAGAAUGUGUCUUUUUUUGUUUUUUUGUUUAUUCAUUAUUAUUUUCAUGCACUUGGCCUGUCUUCCACUUUGUCAAGCAACGUCAUUGAUUUGGCAUGUAUGUUGUAUUAAAGCAUAGGUAAUUAAAAAAAUGUAAUCUAAUUUAAAAUAUCAAAUGAAUGAUGAUGAUGGGACCUACUGUUCCAUCUUGUAGAUUUAAUAAUGAUAUUAUUUAUGGCCUUUCAAGACUCUGGAUUGUUUCCUUUCAGCUCAAUCGAACACUAUCACUGCAGUGACCUGUACUAAUCAAAUCAACCUGUUUUUGUAUAUGUGUAGCAUAAGACAGAUCUUAUAUUUUAUUACACAUGUGACCGUCCUUUCUGGAUCACGUGUUUUAUUCCACCUAAAAAGAAAAUCCUGAAACGAGUUGGGCGAGUUGCCAGCAAAGGGGGUUGUUUGUGUCCUACUCAGUAUCAAAUAAACCCACUCAGUGUUUUCCACCCUCAGAGACUGUGUGCUUUGUCAGUAAACUUUGUUGAUUGUCAGGCUAAUGAAAGCGA